AUGGACAUGGGCAACACCGAGGCCCAGCUGAUCAUUACAAAGUCGAAGUCGGCAGAGAUCAAGAGCGGCUAUGAGGAGCUCACCGUGAAGGAAAUGGUGAAAAAAGGUUUCAGUGCGACAAAGAUCGAGAACAUCGUCAGAAAGGGUGGAACCCCUGAUCCCGAUGCCCCUCACUGCCUCGAAUCCAUCGUUUACCUAUGCCGGAAGAAGAAGGACGUGGACGAGUCCGAGAAGAUUUCCCAGGUCGGACAAGUGAAAGCGAACAUCAAGGCCAAUGCUAAGGCCGUGGCCCCUUUGAUGCAUCUGACCGGAGCCCCGGUUCCAGUGGUCGCUGCGGCCUCGGGCACCACCGAUGCAGUUUUGCAGUAUGCUGCGAAUGCUUUUGCUUCGGGCACCGAGUCAGCAUUAAGCAAAGAGCUGAAGAAGGAGUACAAUGCGGCCAACAUCUGCUACGACCUGCCCAAGGACCACGAGUUGCGGGUGCAAAUGGAAAAGCAUAAGGGCGACCUGGAAAACCAAAUGGAUACGUUCGUGCUGUGGCGGCUGAGCUCCAGCGCAAGGCUGCUGAGUCGCAGGCGAAGAGUUGAAGCAGUCCUGUGUGGGAGGACUCUGGGGGCUAGGGCACCCCACCUCUACAUCGAAGGUUACAUAUACUAUACUAGCUGGUUAUAG